AUGACUUAUCUUGUGUCUUUAUUUCUUUUAGGGCUGGUUUUAGGGCUUGUAGCUGUUGCAUCUAACCCUGCACCAUACUUUGCUGCUUUAGGGUUGGUUGUAGCAGCAGGUGUGGGUUGUGGUGUUUUGGUGGGUCACGGGGGGUCUUUCUUAUCUUUGGUAUUAUUUUUGAUUUACUUGGGGGGGAUGCUUGUGGUAUUUGCUUACUCAGCGGCUUUAGCUGCUGAGCCUUUUCCUGAGUCUUGAGGGGAUCGUUCAGUUUUAGGGUAUGUGGUAGUGUACACGGUGGGGGUGGUGUUGGUGGCGGGCUUAUUCUGGGGUGGGUGGUAUGAGACCUCGUGGGUGGCGGUGGAUGAGUUUAAGGAGUUUUCCGUGUUGCGUGGGGAUACGAGUGGAGUUGCGUUGAUAUAUUCUCAUGGAGGGGGGAUAUUGAUUGCGUGUGCGUGGGUGCUUCUAUUGACACUUUUUGUGGUGUUAGAAUUGACACGGGGUUUGGGUCGUGGGGCGCUUCGAGCAGUUUAG